AUGAGUCACCGCGGCCUGGGCCCAGAACAGGAGAAGAAACGGGGAGUUUUUAGCCAAUGGUUGCCGCGGUCGUCGUUCCGGCCGGCGGAGGGCGAGCUGGCAGAUUGUGUGCUGGUGGUGGGCGUGUCGCGGCCCAAGCUUGCGGCCGCGCUGCUCUCCGUCACGCUGCUCUCACUGUUCCUCACCUUCCAUGUCUUGUAUGACAGCGCCUUGUACAGCAUACAGGCGGCGAGUAUGGCGUCGGCCGCGAGCGAGAGCCGCAAAAUUCUUCAAACCCAAGAGAGCAACACAAGAACUAUCAACCAUCCCAUGGCCUUGCGAAAGCGGUUAAGACCUCCACGGCAGCCCAGACCUGCACGUAGACUCCCUCAGGCUCUUAUAAUAGGUGUUAGAAAAUGCGGGACCCGAGCAUUGCUGGAGAUGCUGUACCUACAUCCGAUGGUGCAGAAGGCGUCCGGAGAAGUGCACUUCUUCGAUAGAGAUGAGAACUACGCGUUAGGACUAGAGUGGUACCGAAGUAAAAUGCCGCUGUCCUUCAAAGGGCAGAUCACUAUAGAAAAGAGUCCGAGCUACUUCGUUACACCUGAGGUACCAGAAAGAGUUCGAGCAAUGAACUCCUCAGUGCGAUUGCUGCUAAUAGUCCGGGAGCCAGUGACACGCGCGAUAUCCGACUACACACAACUGCGCAGCCGCGCUACGCCAUCUGUACCUGCGCACCCCCAGAUAGCAGCCCAUCCUGUACCCGACGCCGCCAAGCCUUUCGAACAUCUUGCUAUAUCACCUGAUGGUUCAAUCAAUAUAGCUUACAGGCCAAUAGCAAUAUCCCUGUACCACGCAUACCUGCAUCGAUGGCUGGAAGUUUUCCCUCGAGAACAGAUACUGGUAGUUAACGGCGAUCUGCUAAUUGAAGAUCCGGUGCCACAGCUUCGACGCAUCGAGAAAUUCCUUGGACUGGAACAUAAGAUUGGAAGAAAGAAUUUUUACUUCAACGAAACAAAAGGCUUCUACUGCCUUCGAAAUGAUACCACAGACAAAUGUCUGCGGGAAACAAAGGGACGGAAACAUCCUCGAGUCGACCCCGCAGUUGUCACCAAAUUAAGAAAGUUCUUCAUUCAACAUAAUCAGAGGUUUUACGACCUCAUCGGUGAAGAUCUUGGCUGGCCAGAAGAUUAGAGAAUUAAGAACAUGGGCCAUCAGCUAUCACUGUGGCCCACAAUUACUGUUGUGAUCAACAUACAUAUCAUGUGUCACUGAUACAUAUCACUAGCGUGUAAUUUUUUUAAAAUCGUUUAUGUAUACAUCUAGUAUAAUAUAGAAUAAGAAACCCGAAGAGAAAUUUUAUUUAUAUCUAGUAACAUUUUCUUAUUAAACAUUUUAAAUUUUAUAACGAUACUAGUCAAUGGUUUUUCUUGUUUUUUCGGUUGACUGUUAUCUAAUGUAAGUUUGAAUGAAAGUGACGUCUAAAGUAUGGGAACAACAUGAUGUAAUGGUUAUAUACUUAUUAUUGUAUUUAUUAAGUUUCACAUCAUAAUUUUGUAAACAAAUUAAAAUUAGAUUUUCCACAGGCAAUUUUAAAGCACUGAUUUGAUAGACCGACCCACUGAAAUCCUGAGCAAUAUAUUUUUAUAUAUAAUUAAGUAUUGUAUUAAUUAUACAGCGUUCAUUAUACAGGAUGUGAAUUUUUUAAAUGUUUGUGAUAAUUUCAUUUGUUAGAAAUAAUGAAUUUUAUAUAGAUACCUAUAAGUAAUGAACUAUGUAACUGUACUGUGUAAAAAUAUUACGUUCAAAUUGAAUGAAUGUUGUACAUUUCCGCUUAAUAUUUUAGGUGUCGUAAUUUCUGGUCGUGCGUUGUCCUAUAUGUGUUUUAUUUAUUAGUGAAUGUGACUUUUCCAAAUCUUAGAUACUUAAUACUACUUAUAUUCAAUAAACUUCAGCAAAUGAAAAAUUAAAUCGUAGUCGAAGAUAUAAAAGUUAUACUUAUACAAGAAAAUUCUGGAAUAAUCCACAUUUCUAUGUAUUUAGCUUGUAGUGAGGUCAAUGAACUUUGUCUUUGGUGUGUUUUUAUGUAGCGCCAUGGACGGGUUUCCACGCAGUAUCUUUUUAAUUUACAAGUUUUGGAGAGAUAUAAAUUCGACGCGGGUUUUAGAAGUAUUCUAUUUAAGUGUAACGUCCAAGACUGAAGAGUUAGUUGAAUAAGUCUAAGUAAUACCUAUUUAGCAUAAAAUGUCCAUAGGUAAUACGUGAGACGGUGAGCCCUGAACACAGCUUUUUGAGGCUUCGAGUUUCUCGUUAUAUGUGAAACACACGAUUUGUUUAAGUAACUAACGAAAGCUACCUAUGACCAUAAAACAUAAGAGAAAUAAAUUAUGUGUACCGUUAAGUUUAUAAUUAGGGGUAAUUUAAAUAUAACCUACCCCUAAUUAUGAGGAAACGUGAAACUUUGUUUCGUUUGCACGAAAAUCAAACAAAUUAUAUGAUAUUUGUGAAGUUUUAUUGUAGUUUUAUGUAAAAUAGCCAAACCUGUUUGAGCAUCACGCUGAUAAAUAUACAAUAUAAAACCUUUAACAUUCUGAUGUAGAAUAUUUACUUGGUAGCCGUUCGCGUAGCACGAUGCUACGGCGUAGCUUGCUUGCUACGGAGCAUAGCGUAGCAAGACGCACAACAGACAUACAAAUGUCUUAUUUUUUCAUUAGUCACAUACCUAUUUCAAGACAUUUAAAAUAAUUUGCCGUGUGAAAGCGCAUUUAUAGUUGCAAUUAAAAACAAAGUUGAAAACAAUAAAUCACAAAUUUCAAUAGAACACAGUUUAAUUAACCAACUGUCGAUAAACUACUUCGAUAAAACGUAAAUGCUGGUUUGUUCAUAGGGAUAUAUUACUUCAAAUGAGAAUACGCGUGAUAAAGAUCGUAUAAACAAACAAUACCAACACAGUUCGAUUUGAAUCACAAUCAUAGCUAUUGUUAUCAUGAAAUAGACGUAUUCACUAGACUCAUUUUAAUUAAUGCAUUUCAUAAAAACUUUCCUGCAAUAAAUACAUUACAAUCCUAAAAACAUAACAAUCAUUAUGUGCCUAUUUCUGUGUGUUACUACUUCUUAAAUACUAAUAGAAUAAAUAUCAUUAAUUUCCAAUUUAAAUUUAAUAAACAAAAAAGACUUCUAACAAUAUUCAAUUUUGACCCUAGAACAAAUAACGAAUUCUUAAUUUAAAAAUAAGUUCACAAAUCAAUAUAAAUAUAUUUAGGUUAAAACGUGUGUUUCACAUUUUACAAGAAGGUUUACUUGAACUUUAGAAGGCGGAACAACUACCCGCAACGUUGAAUCGGAUAGAGGCAAUCGGUGUAAGGGUGAAAUUAUUUUUAAGUAGAAUAUUUGCUUCCAAAAUCCAGAAUCAACGAAUAUUUAUAUGUUUUUAUUGUCCCUUUUAUUGGCGCAUUUACGAGAUUAUUCGUAAUAAUAAUAAUAUUUCAAUAAACUAUUAAAAUUAAUGUAUUUACAAAGGAAUUUAAUAAUGCACUCGCUGCGUAUUUUAUGCGUAUUUUAUGUCGAUGCGUUGAAGUUAAUUCAAGUACAGUCUUCACAAAAAAUAAGUACUAAAAAUAUUUUACAAAAAAGUACAAUAUUAUUUCAAUUAAAAACGAAAACAGUGUUCACAUUUUUCACAACUAAAUAUAAUAGAAAGCUUUGUACAUAAAAUUUUAAUCCAAUUACAAAUUAAAUUAUGUUGUCAACUGUACUUGAAGAAUUUCAACGACUAGAAUAAAACAAGAAUAUCAAACAUAUCAAAAAUGAAUUCAAUAAUAUACCUAGUUAAGUUUAACAUAAGAUCUAUAUUAAGUUAAUCUUUUAACUAAAAUAAAUAAGAAUCUUUAUUUGUUUAGGUAAUCCAUUAGUUGUUAGAUAAAUUUAAUCACUGUUAAAUGUCGUGCACGUUCAUAAGGUGUAGUUGAAGUUUGAUUAGGGCAAUAAUUUUUAUAGUUAUUAAUAAAUAUUAUUUAGGAAAACAAUACGAAAUAUCUAAAAUUCUAUUAUUUACUAAACUACAUAUUGUUACUAUUAUUACAAGUCUGUAUUUUUGCAUUUUCUUCUCCGCUUGGAAUUAUUUCAUCAGUAUUAUUUUUCCUUAAUUUUGUUUAAAGGUUUCAUCACUGACAUUUUAAAAGUAUUAUCUAAAUUUUAAAUGUUACCUUAACACCUUGUAAAUAUCUUCUAAAUCUCCCUUCUGUAAGUUAUAUCGUACCUACAUCUUCAAU